AGAGCCGAAACUGUGAGAAGGUUAACGCUGAAGACGUUUCACACGAUAAGAAAAAAAACAAACAACUCCCAAAGCUGUAUACUUUCCAGUAGCCAGAAGAUGUUUGGACAAGGAGCAGUGUACCGUGUGUCCAGAGGGGCCAGCUUUGCACACAUCUUCAAUAGCAACAUGACAGCACUGGAUCAGGCCUGCAGCUCCCCACCUAAAAACAGCACCAAACCGAAACAAAUCCCCAAAGAGCUGAUCGACAAGUACCGGAGAGGAGAGACUCAUGCUGUGUCUUUCCUGUACCAGCUCUCACAAGUUCUGCAGUUCCAGGUGGAGAUGAAAGAGACAGUAACUACAGGAGGAGUAAUUGGUUUCUACUUUGCAUUCUGUGCUGUGAUUGAUGGAGUGGAAUAUAAAACCGGGAUGGGCAUCAAUAAGAAAGAGGCCAGACUCAAAGCAGCUCAGCUGGCUGUUGAGGAGCUGCUUUCUAAUCUAGAGAGUGAUGCUGUCUUGCCCGAUGCUGCUGUGGGCCCCCCUCCUCUACCAGUGAAAGAGCAAAACUCCCUGGGACCAGAUGCCUGUCCUGCAAGGGCCAUGAUUGAAAGAAAAAACCCUGUUAAAGACCAGGUUCCCAGUGCUGUUAAGGAGAUGUUCUCCAGGCUGAUGGACAGAUAUCCAGAGUUCUCUGGCUGUGGAGGAACAGUAGCUGCAUUUGUUAUUCAAUCUCCAACUGGAUAUGAAGUGGUGGCUGUUGGUACAGGUAACUGUAACACAAAAGAAAGUCUGGCACCUAACGGACGCAUCCUUCAUGAUUCCCAUGCCGUUGUGACUGCACGGAGAUCACUCAUGAGGUAUCUGUACAGGCACCUGUUACUGUUCUAUAGUAGGAAUCGCUCUCUGGAGGAGAAGUCAGUCUUUCAGCUGGAUGAGAACACCAAACUCUUAAGUCUGAAGAGCUAUAUCACCAUACACUUGUACCUCAAUCAGCUGCCCAAAGGAGCUUCCCAGAUACCCUCUCACCUUCGCUUGAGCCCCCUGUCCAUCUCAGCAUGGGAAGUAAAUAAUCAGAUUGGUCUACAUGUGACUGUAGAUGGAAAGGUCUUUUCAGUGUUCUCUUCUACACUUGACCAGACCGGUUCUCGUAUUAUCAGUAUGUCGGCUACUGACAAAAUUACGCAGUGGCAGGUUUUGGGUUUCCAGGGUGCUCUUCUAAGCCACUUCAUCGAGCCCAUCUAUGUCAGUAGCAUAUUCAUAGGUGAUGAAAGCUGCAGUGAUACACGUGGUAUGGAGAUUGCAGUAAAUCAAAGAGUAGAUGGCAUCACCUCCAAGUUGCCCAUGUAUUACUGUGGAUAUCGGCCACAUAUUAGCCUGGUGCCUUCUGUGAUCCCCGCAGACAUCCAAAGCACCCAAAGAACUCUUAGCCUUAACUGGAGCCAAGGAGAUGUUUCCCUCGAGGUUGUAGAUAGUGUGGAGGGUAAAUCUGUGGAGGGGUCCCCCUUUAAAAGUGGUCCCGCUCUUGCAAGUCGUCUGUGUAAAGCUGCCAUGUUGAGUCGUUUCAGCAUGGUAGCAAAAGAGGCACAGAGAGAGGAUUUGCUAGCUGCAGUUUCGUACAGGGAGGCCAAGAUGAUGGCAAAACGGUACCAGGAGGCAAAGAGCGUUCUGAAGUCCUACUUGGCCAUGAGGGGCUAUGGACAGUGGGUCGAGAAACCACCUAUCAGUGAUCACUUGACAAUGUGAAAUCCAGUUCACAGAUGACAGUCCCACCUCUGAAGCACCUUUGAAAGACAGGUUUGAGAAUUCAUAGACUGUUUGUAUUUAGCCCCCAAAAGGGUUAAAAAAAGCAAAUUUGGAAUAAAAAAACAAUGUGCUGUAUAUGAAAAGCACAUAAUUUGUUAUGUUAGCAAAAGGUUCUUUUUUCAAUUCUGUGUUUUUUCCCUCCCUUGUAUCUUUCCUUCUGAAAGUGGUAAGUUGGUCUGGGUGCGAUAUGAAAAUAUAACAUCAAGAUAAUAACAUCAUUGUUGUAUAUUAACAUAAACACUUUCCUUAGCAUUGUCACUUAUAAGUGCUUUUAUUUGAAGCAAUCGAUUUGAUUUUGGACCAGUUGCUUCACUUUCCUUCUUUUUCCUGCCAAAAUCCUUCAGUUCCCGAUAUGUUGAAAUUUACCACGCAAAAAAAAAACCUUCACCUGAAUGAAAAUGUUUUUCAAUAUAUGUUCUUCAUAUUUUUAUUUUGUAUUGUGCUCCAAAAUAUUUUGAACCCACCAUUUUGGUCUUCCUUUUCCUUUAUAAUAAUAAUGUAAUGUUUUGUUCACUGCAAGAAAGGUUCAGUGUGGAAGGUUUGAAAUGUUAUGUUUCCUAGGCACUUGACAAGAGAUGAAACAAUCUUAUCUCAGAAUAAUACGAAAUAAUGGUGAAAAAGUUCUCAGGAUAACAUUGCAAGCUGACUCAUUAUUUUCAUGACUUUUCGGAUGUUUCUGUUAGAAUUCUAUUUACAUUUAAGUUUGUUUGCUUUUUAAUCAUUAAGAUAAGUAAGGUAGUGGCAAGGUAGGUGUUUCUUUAUGAAGUGGUGUUGCUAGUUUCGAAAGGUUAGGGUCUGAGGCGAGCACGUCCUCUCUUGUUACUAGUAGUGCACAGGAAACCUCGACUUCCUGUCAAAAGUGAUACUGCUACUAGAUGCCUUCAAUAUUUAUAUGCGAAAGAGAGAGGAUGGAUCAUAAUUUUACUAUUGAAGUCACUUUUUUGCUUGCAGGUGAAGAAGAGUUGAGCAUGCACAGGUAGCUUUGAAGAUUAUAGUUAUAUUCAUAUAUUUAUACAUAUUGCUGUAUAUAACCAACUUUAGCUUUUAUUCUAUAGGCCCUGUGUGCUUUUGCUUUAUGCAUGACAUUUUCCUUUAGCUUAGUGCCCUGCUGUGUGUAUAUGUGGGCAGAGAUGAGAAAUAACCAGCUUGUCGUAGUAAUGAUUUAUUCUUUAUAUGUGUAUUACUGCUUUAAUUUCUUUAGUAUUUUUUGGGGUGCAAAUGUCUUAAUGUUCUGUUACCGUUAAUAAAAGCUUUA